GGAAGUUAUUGGUUCACAGGAGGCAGGGGAUCAGCUCCGGCUCCCAUAACAUCUCCAGUUUGUGGGGUAAAGGUGUGAGUGUUGGUGGGGUGUUUUGUGGUGAUGUACUCUAGCUACCAGGACCGGGAAGAGAUUGAAGAUGAUCUCUACAGAGAGGAAGAGGGGGACUCCGAGGGGUCAGAGGUCAACAGUGAAGUGGAGUUUCGUCUCUACAGCCAACUUCACUACUCCUCUAAUGCUGUGGAAGAUGAAGAAGAGAAGGAGCAUGAGGAGAAAAGCCAGGACAGCUGGCCGCUUGAGGUAACUGCCAAUGAUGAUGCAGAGAUUGGACAGUCUACAGAAAGCAGGACUCUAUCACAUAAGCCAAGGGAGCAGCAAAAACCCCUGAAAGCAGGGACGAAGCAGAAAACAGGGAAAGGUGAUGAAUUUAAGGGAAAAGGUGCUAGUAAAGGUAAGAGGCCAUCGUCAUCAGUGUUUGAAGAAGUCAUCGUCAUUGACUCUGACCCUGAUGUCAUCACCUUGUCUGAGGACGACACUGCUGAAGACGAUGACGGGGUCUGUGCUGUGAAGGGUCGUCAGCUCCGUACGUCUACCCCAGCCCAGAAGAAAAGAACUCUUGAUGAACCAGUGUCUGUGGACUCUAGCAGCUCAGAGUCUGAUUCAGAAGAGUCGGCGUCGAAGUCUGCAUCUGCUUCGUCAAGCUCCUCUGAUUCCUCUGAUUCCGAUGACCUGGAGAACUGGAUGAUCCUGGGUCGAGAGACACAGGAGGGGGACCAUUGCAUCUCACUAAACCUGGAGGGUGAGGCUGAAAGUAAUACAGAUGUUGAAGAUUUUGAAGAUGGCAAAUGGUUGGUAUCUGAAAAGGACAGGGAGGCUCAAAUCUAUAACAAGGAUAAGGGUCCCAGGUUAGCGGUGCAGAGGAUGGCAAGCAGAUACUAUACCAGCAAGAAUGUCCACUGUAAAAACUGUAACAAGACCGGACAUCUGUCCAAGAACUGCUCUGAGCCCAAAAAAGUGUCACCCUGCUUCCUUUGCGGCACCCCAGGCCACCAGUCCAGUGAUUGUCCCUACAAGCACUGUAACAACUGUGGCCUGCCUGGGCACCUGUACGCGUCCUGCAAUGAAAGAGCUUAUUGGCACAAAACGUGCCAUCGUUGCAACAUGAGAGGACACUUCUUUGAUGCUUGUCCAGAAAUCUGGAGACAAUACCACUUAACGAUUAAGACAGGUCUUCCUGUAAUGCAGCUGGGAGAGGACAAGGGUCGCACUCCUGCUUACUGCUACAACUGUGCCAAGAGAGGACACUUUGGCCACGAUUGUACGCGGCAGAGGAUGUUCAAUGGGACGUAUCCAAGCACUCCCUUCAUCAACCAUUAUGACACCACUGAGGACAUGAACCGCAGGCGGCACAGGAUAAAGAUGAAGGUUAAAGAACUAAAGAAGAAUGGCAUCAUGUCCACCGCCUCUGAAAGCCCCUCCACUCCAGGGCCACCAAAUAAAAAACAAAAAGUCAGCCAUGAUAAAAAUUACCAUUCUCAUACAACUUCUGGGACAAACCAUCCCAGCCCCAGCCACAUCUUUUUUAGCCAUACCUCAUCGCCCAAAAUAUAUAAGCACAAUAAGAACAAACAACAGAACUGCACUAGCUCAGAGAAACGGUGGAAGCCCACAUCGAGAGACCCACUCCCAACACCUAAACUGAUUGUGGAUGAAACCAGUGACUUUCCCAGAGGGGGAGGAAACAGAGGGGACGCAGAGAGGAGGAGGAGGAAGAAGAAGAUGAAGAAAAAUGGCAGACCAGACCGUCUCUGUUGGACUGCAUCUGCAGACAGUCAGAGUUUACCCAAUGAGCAGGCAAAGAAGAACAAAGGAGAAACGCAUAGGAAGGGGAAAAACCAGGCAUGGAGGACCCCGGAUAAACGUACUCCGCAGAUGUACCCGACCGACGAGAACCUUUUUAUCAUCAAACAGAGGAAACGCAAAAGAUAGCCAGCAGCAGGGAAAAACAGGGAUGUGAUUCUCAUGACCACUCUCUGUGUUCAGGAUAUAUACAGAUUAGAAGACUCAUUGAGCUCCCUCAGAACUCACUUCUACUAAAGGGUUGUCACUAGUACUGCUGUUGAAGUUCAGUGUAUUUCACCUUACGGUUAGUGUGAGAAUUACAACUGAUAGUAAAAACAGUAAAAACCGUUCAUGACCUUUUGACCAAGUCUGCACCGUUUGAUCUUGAUAUGUUGACAACUAAAGUGACAGUAAUGCAGGUGUAGUAACAGUGUUUAGCAUUGUCUAACAUACUGAGAAGAUGACUGGCAUUACUAACGACAAUAAAGAAACCAUCUACUUACAUUUUACAGCUGACUUUAUAAUAAGUCUGCCAUUUCACCUUUUAAUACAUCUGUAAAGUUUAAAUGAAGCUCUUUGGUGUACACAGUAUUACCUAGUGCCUCUGCUCUGUAAACAUUUUAAUAUCACUGCUGCUGUUUUGGCUGGAACCAAAGAAUGGUACAUUUUAGUUAUAUUCUGUUAGAAUACGGCCAUUUUUCCUGUAACAGCCAACAUGUGCUUGAGUUGUAAAAACAUGCAAUACAUGAACAUACUGAAAAUAUGUUUAGAGAGCAAUUUGAUUUAAAUCUCACCUGUUGUUGUGGGACUGUGUUAGCAUACACAUUUUUAAUUUUGUUUCAUAAUGUUCAUUUAACAUCAGUUGUACAUAGUUGUUGUUAUUGAUAGAACAGCAACCUACUUAAGACUAUAAAUUGGUGACAAAUUCAGGUCACCAGAAAGCCUCCCUGGUUUGGAAAAAAAAUACUUAAUUUCUUUUUGUCUGACUGACUUUGCUAGCUCAGUGCUUCAGAGAAGCAAAUCAGUUGUUUGCUGCUUUAUCUCAAUAAUUUGAUUUAUUUCCCUGGAAAUGUGUAAAUCAGUAGUACUUAACAUUGCAUUGUCGACUGUAUAAUUUAUGUCCAUAAUACAAUAAAAAAUAUUUGGUUGUAGUGUCA